AUGAGGAUGGCAGGUGCUAUAAAGUUGGUGGUUGCUGUAGCAGUAUUUCUACUGACAUUUUAUGUUAUAUCUCAAGUAUUCAAAAUAAAGCCAGAUUCAAACUUGGGAAAUUUAUUUGCAAGGUCAGCAUUGCAAAUAGCUCAAAGAAAACCUCCCAGAUAUAAAUGUGGGAUUUCAAAAGCUUGUCCAGAAAAACAUUUUGCCUUCAAAAUGGCAAGUGGAGCAGCAAAUGUCAUUGGCCCCAAAAUUUGUGUGGAAGACAAUAUUUUAAUAAGUCGUGUAAAGAAUAAUGUUGGAAGAGGAAUCAAUGUUGCAUUGGUAAAUGCAAAAACAGUAGAAGCAUUAUACAUCAAAUACUUUGAUAUGUGGGGAGGAGAUGUGGCACCAUUUAUUGAAUUCCUUAAGUCUAUUCCAGAUGGAACCAUAGUUUUAAUGGGAACCUAUGAUGAUAGAGCAACCAAACUAGCAAGAUUGCGAAGUACAGCUAUUAUUAACCUUGAUUUUAGAGACAAUUGGGUCUUCUGUGGUGGAAAAGGUAUUAAGGCAAAAAGCUCCUUUGAACAGCACAUAAAGAACAAUAAGGAUACAAACAAAUACGAAGGAUGA